GCACCUAAUCUCGCUUUUCUGCAACGUGCGAGUCUUCUUCAUGCUGUGAUAACAGUGCGCGAUAACAUCACGUCGCGGUGCUUCCCUUUGUUACGUCACUCCGUAAUAUAUUAUCUACAUUAAUUGCGGCAAUUUGCGCGUUGCGUCUUGACGACUCACGCAUAAUGCUCAUGUAAUUAUCGCGACUAAUAACGAUGACUAUGCGAAAGCUGAGAGCGAAACAGGUGAUCGUCAUCGCCGUUUGCGAUGAGAUAAAUCGGGCUAUUUGAGAGAUUUGACAUUUAGCGAGUGCAAAAUCGUCGAUUUAAAUCAUGAAGUACCGCAAGUUCGAAGUUAUUAAGUGGCCCUACAAAAUCCGAUGUUCAAAAACGAAACAUCAAACAUCGUUUUGGAUGUUUCUUCUGCUUAUUGUCUGUUCGCAACAAACAUACUCGUUGCUUUACGACAAUGCCACGGAGAAUUUCGUUCAAAAAUGUCAGAUGGAAUGCAAUUUGCGAAAAGAUUUUCCGUCCUGCGGCAAGUACAAAAUCGUGAGAUGGUUGAACACCUUGGUGAAUGAAAAAGAAUUUAAUUACGGACCAUUUCGAAUAAUAAAAAUACCACCGAUGCACAAGCAGUCAUUUUUGCCCGUUUUGCCACAUUCUCGAGCAUUUAGAAACGGCAUAACGGAAACGUUGGACUUUAUUAGGAAUAGUAUAGAGGAUUUAGUGACAAAACGUGCCAUUGCAUAUACAAUAAACAACUCGGCAACUGCAAGAGAUUUUUCCCCAGGUCUGAUGCUUAUGGAUGAGGAUGAACUUGAACAACUUGAAGAUAAAAAAGAAGAAGGCGAUUGGCGAAUUUUCAAGAAGAAGAAAUCCAUAAUUCUUCCGAUUCUCAUACUGUUGAAUCUGAUCAAACUGAAACUAUUGAUACUGCCGAUUUUCCUAGGAGUUCACUUCAUUAAAAAACUUCUCGUACUUGGGUCGUUAAUUUUGCCGUCGGUGCUGGCACAUUUAAAAAUAUGCAAAGUACAACAACCGCACGCGUACGCGCAUAAAAACACACAUCCUUUCCACUUGUGGUCCAGUGCAGCGGAAGCACCAGCUGAUUAUCCUUCGGGAUAUGACGAAGAAAGUAAUUGGCACAGAAGCGACUACCAAAUGGGAUAUCCAGUCUAUCACAUAUUUCACAAUCCCUACGGGUGAAAAAUUUCAACUCGCCGAUCGGAGUAACUCGGCGAAUAAAUCACAAUUUAUUUGGAGCAAUCUUACAAUGGCAAAGUACGCGCGAAUCGAUUGCACCGAGACCCGCGAAAUUUUUAGCACUUUGACACAAGUAGCGCGCAAUCGCGAGUAAUCUUUAUAAUUAAUUUAAUCUCGGUAGUCCGCUGAUAAAAUUGCUUUUACCAUCGCGAGAAAUUGAUUCGUGCCGAAUAAACUUCAAUUAACAUCGUCGUCAAACGUUUAUCUCGAUUUUGUUCAACACCUAUCUCAAUGAUCGCCAGAACCAUUCGCGAAAUAACUUUCACGUGGCUUACCGUUACUCGAAGAUAUAUAUUGACAUAUCUGUAUAGUCUUUUCAACUUUACGGACUUAAAGGAAGGGCGUAAUAUCGGCUAUCCGGUUUUUUCUGGAACUUCACAUUAAGGACGCAUGAAAAAAAAAUGAAAUAAGUUCCUUUCAGAUCGUGAGAAUCAGUCUAUAUACUUUUCAAUUUAAUACUUUUAUCGCUUCUUUCGAAAAUAGAUAAUUUAUUGCUAAUUAUACUUUCAUGUCAAAGACGCGUUUAUAUCUCAAUUUACUAGCUUUUAUCAUUCGACGAUGUCUAUAAAAUUGUUGCCGCUGUAUAAAAUCACAAUUGUCGAUGUGCAACGAAAUAUCGAUUGAUUCUUGACAGUGAACGAUAUUCUUGACAAGUUUUUAUUUUUCAUCCAAGACACGAUUUUCCUCCAAACGUCAAGAUAGAAAUUGAUUGACGACGCGGUGUUAAGUGAACAGGUGGGUGUUUCGCGGUCAAGGUCACGUGCCGCCCGGACGUUCGGCCGAGUACGAUGGCCCCUCUACUGACCUACUGGUAGAUUUGGACGAGCGCCCGGUUUCUGGCUCAAGCUGACCCGCGUGCUACUGUUAUAUGUGCGUAUACGCUGUCUUGUGCGUACACUUUGUCCAUGUGUAAUCCAUACAGUCACGCACCGUUUGAUCGAAAACCGUUAUCGGACGGUGCGCGAGAGAGGAUCAAUCGUCGACACAUUUUAAGGUUUUUGAUGACGGUCACGCUCGGUAAAUCUUGCCCUUUUUCUGCGUCAGUAAAAACACUCUUGUAGAUUUUCCUCAUGUAGAUGUUAACAAUAAGAUUACCGCAGUUGGAUUUUCCAGCGCGCAACGAAGUCACAAAUGACUGAGAUUAUUAUUAUUCUGUAGAAAACUAAUUUUCUAAUUUGUUUUUUAGAAUUUUUUAAGUUUUUAAUAGAUUUUUGUUUAGUAAUAGUUUUUGUUACAUUAUGAGAUGUAAUAACGAGAACGAAUGUGAGAACUCGUGAAGUUGUGCUCGGGAAGUUGUGCUCGAUAAAUGGAUAAGUUGAUAGAUAAGAGGUCUGCGAGAAUGUUUCAGAAAACAAGAGGAAAGGCUAAUUGGAAGCGAUAUAUCGAGAAUAGCUGCGGAUACGUUGCGAUCGAUACGCGACGUGAACUUGUCCGCGACAACUCGACCGUUACGUUCUUACGUUAUAUGCGAAUGAAAAAGUCGCAUUAACGUAACGGACCGUCGUUCAUGUCACGGGCGCUCGACUUGCGCAUCCGUACUACGACAAAAGUAUUGCCUGUACAAUUCGUACAUGCUCGGUUCGUAUGAAUGACGUAGGCGGAUGAUCUUGAGAAGUGUGCGUAUAUAAAUAAAUGCCCCGGAGGUGUUUCGGAUAUCACUGGAAAACUAUUUCGCAGGAAGUAAGCCCGACAACGAGCAAUUUAAUUAAAGGUAUUGCUUGAGCAGAUUGGGUUUUACUUGCGGAAGUCAAUUAGAAUUUUACUGCUGAUAAUCCUUGGAGGAAAGAUAGGAAUAAAAAGUGUAAAAUAAUAUUACAAUGAUUGGCGUUUGUGUAGAUUUAUGUCUGAACUUCUAGGAUAAAUUGCGCUUGUAAUGUACUCUCUGUGUUGUGUAUAUUUUAUAUUUAUUUUAUUAUCUAGAUGUAACAGAACCAAAAAUUGUAAAAUAAGUUUUUAAAAUGUAUUGUGCGUGCGCAUCUCUUUUCUUCGAUGUUUUUUUUAUGUAAAACAUUCCUACGAGUUUCCCACCUUGCUUUAAGCUAAGAGAUUAUAGGUGAUAGAUGAUAUCGCGAAAUUGCGCCAAUAGAAAACUAUAGAGUAUAUAUGUAUAAUUUAUG